CGGAAUUUUUAGUAGGUGUAGUUCUACCACAAAAUGAACAGCCUCCUUACUUGUGUAGUAACUUUGGCCACCUUUUGCAAUUGUUUGCAAUUUCCUUCUAGUUUUAAAAAAUGCGAUAAAAGACGCAGUGAUUUCAACGAUUGUUUAAGUGGUGUUGUUUAUGACACUCUUAGAAUCCUUGACAAACCUUUGAAAUCGCAUGGCUUACCGAGUUUGCACGAUGUUGAAUUUCCAUCAGAUGCUUUCUUAGAAAUAGGGAACAGUACGUAUGGAUUAUUGCAGAAAAUUUCUAACUACAGGCUGAUUGGUCUUUCAAAGCCCCAAAAUGUGAAAACCAGGUUAGAGUUUGGACCUCUGAUUAGUACGUUAACAAUAGAGGCUUCUUACCCUGAACUUACAUGGGAAUGUCAGUACGAAGGUCACGGUACCGCGGUACUUCUACCUUUAAACGUUAUAACACCUGUGGAACUUAUCAUGGAUAAUCCAACGUUUAUUUUUACAAUUAAACUGGAAGAAUACUACAAAGGUGCCGUCUAUUUUAAAGCGGUCGAAUCUGAAUUAGAUAUGAACAGAGCAGACGGCAUAAAAUACGAUUUUAAGCGUUUGUUCCAAAACAGACGGCUUAAUCAUGAAUUUAACUCUGCAAUGAACGAGAAGGGGUUGCAAAUUCUUGGAAUUUUUAAACAUUUACAAGGGAUAUUUGCACCACAUGUCACUUCCAUCUUCAACAGUUUUCUCGAGAAAGUACCAGUUGCUGAACUUUUUGUGGAAUAGAUGUUCUCUC